UUGAUGUUUAUGACAUGUUCGCAGAAAAGCAUUGCCGGGGCCGGAAGAUAAAAAUCGCUUUAUGCCAAGAAUUGCAAGAGAGGAUGGACGAUCUUAAAGACGAGUUAGAUUCGUUGCGAUCUCAAAGUCAUGACGAAGAGCAUCAAAAAAAGGCCCUAGCAGUGUUGCAACGUGUAGAAAAAUGGAAUCUAUUUGGAGACAUCCACGAGCACGUACAAAACUUCUCUGUUGCCAGGGAUUCUUUUCUUGCUCAUCUCGGCGCAACGCUAACAGCGGGUAUGAAACAUGUAAUCACCCCUUCUACAGCAGAAGGAGCAUUCCAUUACUAUGAUAAAGUUUCUAUUCAAAUAUACGUAAUCACUGAAGAGAGAACUAGACAUAUCGGUUUGCUGCCUUUAGACAUUUCCCAAGUAAAGGAUGCGAUUUCAACACUCAGACUUCCGUCCCAGACAUUCCAAUACAAUGUUCACUUGAUAGGACUUUCUGAGGAUCCGGCCCUGGCAAUGGCAUUCUCAGUUGCGCGCCGUGCCGCGGUUAUACCUGUCUUGCAAAUGAAUGGCGCACACAGCCAAUCAACUCGUAACUAUCUAGACUCGAUCAUUCUCCAACACCAGCUCCAACAGUUAACCGCCAGAAGUCCGAGAUCAGUUCCGAAGUCGACGCUGGAAGUGCCAGUGUUCUGGUUCAUCAGAUCGGAUGAGUCUGUGUUUAUUGACAAGCACUAUUUGGCAAAGGCACUUCCGGAUAUGGUUAUUGUUAUGCAGUCUGCUCAAUCAUCGUGGCCAAGCCACCUACAAUGCAAUGGCAAAUCAAUCGAUUGGGAUGCAAGCUCACCUAUCAAAGCCGCCGUUGCUGCCGUCGCGGAGCACUUGUCCGGCUUGAUGCCAACACACCUGACUUAUAGCCAUGCACACGAUAAUGCCGACGAGGACUGGACGUGGUCCGCUGGAAACCAUCCAUUUUCUGGCACCUCAAGCGGCUACACGAUAUCGUCUCUCCACACGGACGCAAUAGCCAGAAGUUACAUCGUCUCCGCUCUGGACGAAUCGGUGCAAGAGAUGAACGCGGUGUUUGAACGACUGUCCAAAGAGCCAACCCACGAGAGAGUGUUCAGACCAUUUAAGUCGAUGGAGCGUCAGUUACUGCAAGAAUACAAUUCAGUUGUGGGCAUAUGGAGACAAAUUUCUAUCAACGUUGGGAAAGCAAGAUUCGACGACGCUGUUCGGUCACUCUCAUCACUGAGACAUGCGUCUGAGAGAUUAACACAGCAAACAGAUGCGAUAAUCACCGCGCUGCACCCCUUACAUUGUACCCAACACGGACACCUUCAUGUUCCAACGGAGCUGUUUGCCUGUUUUGGGCUUGCGAUGGUGGCUGUCAUGCUGCGGUAUGCAUUGUGGCCGAGAAGAUUAAAGCCCAAAAUCAACUGAGAUAUAUUUCCUAACUUUUUAAAAGCCAAGUCUGCUAAGAACUUCACCGAGAAUUUUGAGAGAGACAAGGCGUUGGUAGUGUUGCGAUCCUGUUUUCCCACCUUGUUUUCAUAUAGAUAUAUACAUGGUAUCUAUUACUAUAUGUUUUCCAUUA